GUGUAUUGGAUAGUGUGUAAAAAUGAAAGUGGACAAAUACAAGUAGUUGCUUACGUUAGGGAGGAAAGAGAAAAAUAGAGAUAGUAUUUGCACCCUUUCACCACUCGAGUGGUGUUGAGCUAUGAGCGAUGAUACCAUUGGAGUGCAGAGUAGGAGAAGAGGGAGGGAGGAGGGGCCUGGCGCGCGGAGGGGACCGGUUGGAGAAAAUGAUGAUGGCCCCUGAGGCGCACAAACCAGACAGCCUUUCAAUCAAUCUGCAUUUUUCACUGUCAAGAAACUCCCAAGAUUCACUUUUUUUUCCCCAAAAAAAGAAAGAAAGAAGACAUGGAUGCCACUACCCUCGAAUUGAUGGAUGGCACCGGAGGAGGAGGAACUGUGGGUUCUGGGAAUUCAAUGUCGACUGUGUCUGAAUCCUAUUCUUCUCACCCGGAGGAGGACUCCGAUCUGGAAUUGGGUCUUGGCCUCAGUCUUGGCGGCGGCGGUGGUGGGUUGAAGAAGUCAAAGAUUGCUGCUUGGGGCCAAUGCCCCGCCGGGAGGAAUAGGAUAUUGACGGCGGAGGAUUUUCCCUCCGGCGGAUUUUCCAAGUCUUCUUCGUCGUCUUCCUCCGGUUCCUCUGCAACUAAAGGUAACAAUGCUUCAUGUGGGUCCAAGAGAGCUGCCGAGUCUUCUUGUUCCCCUCCCCGUGCUGCUCUCAGUCAGGUUGUGGGGUGGCCGCCUAUCAGAGCAUAUAGGAUCAACAGUCUAGUCAGCCAGGCAAAACCCUUAGCCGUUGAAGAAGAUUUCUCUGAGAAAUGCCAAAACAAAGUCCACGCCGUGGACAUAAACACAUCUGAUGCCAACAAGAGUUCCUUUUUUGUGAAGGUCAACAUGGAUGGAGUUAUGAUUGGGAGGAAAGUUGACCUCGCCGCUCAUUCCAACUACAACAGCUUGGCUCGCACGCUGGAUGACAUGUUCUUCAUCAAAACCACCGGUGCCGAAUAUUUAAUCCCCGAAGAGAAAAAGGCCACAACAGAAGAAGCUCCGGGGUUGUUGGAUGGAUCAUCUGAAUUUGUGCUAACUUAUGAAGAUAAAGAAGGGGAUUGGAUGCUUGUUGGAGAUGUUCCAUGGGAGAUAUUUGUAUGCUCGGUGAAGAGGUUGAGGAUCGCGAGAAAAUCAGAGGCCAACGGGCUGGGUCCAAGUUUGUGCCAUGAAAGGAAUGGGGGAGAGGCAUGAAUAAAAUGUGCAACAACUGAUUGAUUGACUCACACUUGAUGAAGGAUACCUACCCUUUUUUUUCCUUGAAAUCUCACGGCGUCUCUUCUAUUUGAUUGUUAAUUUUUUUAACGCGCUUUUUCUCUCUUAAUUUAUACAUUUCCACGCUAUGUUUACCCCCCUAGCGUUGGGGGGAAUAUACGAAUCCUCAGACAUCAUAUGGAUGAACACAUGAUGGGAGUAUUUUUAGUGUGUUUUGCCAAGUGUUAUUGUAAAGUUUUUGGGGUUAAGAACAGUAUGAAAAGAGGAAUGAAUGAAUGCUGUUUUG